AUGAAGAUAUCUAAGAAGUUAGAACAAGCUCAUUCAGGGCCACAUGCUCCUCCAGCAACGUUUUCAUUUGAAUUCUUUGUUCCAAAGACUUCUCAAGGGGUACAAAAUUUAUAUGAUAGAAUGGAUAGAAUGUAUGAUUUAAAUCCAGUAUUCAUAGAUAUUACUUGGAACGCAGGUGGAAGAUCUUCUAGUUUAACUAAUGAAAUGGUUUACACUGCUCAAUCUGCUUUAGGUUUAGAAACUUGUAUGCAUUUAACCUGUACUAAUAUGAAGGUCGAAUUAAUUGAUGAAGCUUUAGAUAAAGCGUUUAAAUCUGGUUGUCAAAAUAUUUUGGCAUUAAGAGGUGAUCCACCUUUGGAUGGAUCUGAAUCUACUGGAGAUUUCAAAUAUGCAAAGGAUUUAAUUGAAUAUAUUCGUAAGAAAUAUGGUGAUCAUUUUAAUAUUGGUGUUGCCGGUUAUCCUGAAGGACAUCCUGAAGAACAAAGCGCUACCAAAACUUUAGAAUAUUUAAAAGAUAAAUGUGAUGCUGGUGCUGAUUUCAUAAUUACUCAAAUGUUUUAUGAUGUUGAUAAUUUCAUUCAAUGGUGUUCAAAAGUACGUAAAGCUGGUAUUGAAAUUCCAAUUAUUCCUGGUAUUAUGCCAAUUUCAACUUAUGCUGCAUUUGUUAGAAGAGCUAAAUGGUCAGAAAUUGCUAUUCCUCCACAUUUCUUAGAAGCUUUAGAUCCAAUUAAAGACGAUGAUUAUUUAGUUAGAGAAAGAGGUACUGAAUUAGUAAGUGAUAUGUGUACUAAAUUAAUUGAAUCUGGAUUUGUUAAUCAUUUACAUUUUUAUACUAUGAAUUUAGAAAGAGCUACUGUUAUGAUUUUAGAAAAAUUGAAUCUUAUUGAAGCAGUCAAAUCUCAUGAUGUUGCAGGUGCAAGUGAAUUGCCUUGGAGAAAAUCUUUAAAUCCAGAAAGAUCAAAAGAAUCAAUUCGUCCAAUUUUCUGGCAAAAUAGAAAAUAUUCUUAUGUUACAAGAACUGCUACUUGGGAUGAAUUUCCAAAUGGUAGAUGGGGUGAUUCUAGAUCUCCAGCUUUUGGUGACAUUGAUUUAUGUGCUAGUGAAUUAUUAAGACAAUCUCCAAAGAGAGCUCUUGAAUUAUGGGGAACCCCACAAAAUUUGAAAGAUUUAUCUAACAUCAUUGUUAGUUACUUAAAGGGAGAUUUGAAGGCUUUACCUUGGUCUGAUGGUCCAGUUGGGGAUGAUACCAAGAUUAUUGUUGACGAUUUGGUUAGAUUAAAUGAACGUGGAUUCUUCACUAUGAAUUCUCAACCAGCUUUAAAUGCAAUUAAAUCUUCAGAAAAAGUAUUUGGUUGGGGUCCAAAGAAUGGUUAUGUUUAUCAAAAACAAUAUCUUGAAUUCUUCUGUCAUAAAGACUUAAUUCCAAAGUUAUUAUACAAGAUUGAUCAAUAUAAUUCUUCUCAGGGUGAUGCUUCAUGUUCUCUUAUUUCCUAUUAUGCAGUUGACAAGGAUGGGAACUUGACUACUAAUUGCAGAGAUGAUGAUAUUAAUGCAGUUACAUGGGGUGUCUUCCCAGGAGAAGAAAUCUUACAACCAACAAUUGUUGAAAAGACUUCAUUCUUAGCAUGGAAAGAUGAAGUUUAUCGAUUAUUCAUGGAAUGGGCUAAAGUUAUUGGAAGUUCAUUGGCUGGUGCUGAUUCCGAAAAAGCAGCCACUUUUGCUGAAUUGAUGACUACAUUCAGUAAUGAAUUUGUUUUGUGCAAUAUUGUCAACAACGAUUUCAUUGAUGAGAAUUCAACCAUCUUCAAAUUGAUUGAAGAAUUGGAAGUUUCAGAACUUGCUUGA